AUGUCAGUUAUAGCUUCCAAUAUCCCUUCGCAAACUUCUCCAGCCAAAGUAUCCGAAUUCUUUUCCUUUUGUGGCAAAGUAUCUGACUUGGUUCCCCUUGAGGACAAUGGCAAGACCAAGAAAUACCAAGUUGUAUUUGCUUCACCAAAGGCAGUGUCAACUGCAUUGUUAUUGAAUGACGCAGAAUUGGAAAAUUCGUUCAUCAAGGUUGAGGAAGAUUUGGAGAUUACUGAUGGUGCAAAAGGAUUGUCUCCUCAGCAAGGUGGUGCUGCUGCUGAGCAACAGCAACAAAAAGGCGAUAUCAAGGAUACAUUGAGUGGUGCAGUCGGUGCAGGUGGAACUGCCACUGGUGGUGGAGCCGAAGGCGAUGCAAUCAGAACUGGUGACCAAACAUAUGAUGAUGUCGAGCAAGAAGAGAAGCCAAAGUAUGCCAUCUUGGCUCAAUUGUUGGCCGAUGGAUACGUGUUGUCGGACCCAAUUAUCGAACGUGGAUUGGAAUUUGAUAAAAAGAAUGGUGUAUCUCAAAGAUUCCAAUCGUUUAUCACCUCAUUGGACAAGAAGUAUGUCCAUUCACAAGACCCGGAUUCCACAGUGAAUCAACAAUUGCAAAAAGCACAAUCUUCGUUUGCUAGUUCCGGAUUGCAAAAGUAUUUUGACAACGCCGUCAACUCACCUUUGGGCAAGACGAUCCACAAGUACUAUCAAAGUCUUGUUGGCGAUGUGAAAGAUGUCCAUGAGGAAGCUGUUAGAUUAGCCAAGAUUAAGAAAGAAGAACAAGAAAAACAGAAGCAAACUGUUGCAGGUUCAGGAACCACUGGUGAUAUUCCAGGCUCAACUGCAACCGAAAAGACUUCUUGA